GCACUGAUCAUACACAACUCGGACGUGAGACAGACAAGAUAUUCGCCAAACAUGUUACAUACCAAGAUUAUGUUCGCGUUAGCGCUUAUGAUCGCACUUGUGGCUUCCACCCCUAUGCACAUUAGACCGCAAAUACCCCCUGAAUUCACAAUAGUAUACCUUGAGGCUCCAUGCGUGCAGCAAGGCGGCAUAUGCAUGCACGUGGACGACUGUGAGCCACAGAAGAGGGUGUCCAUCAAAGGACUUUGCCCAAGACAGCGUCAUCUAGGGGCAGAAUGUUGCUACGAACAAUUUUGACCACCUACCGCCCUGAUUGACUCCGCCUUCAGUUUUAUUUAUAAGAAUAAUUAAUAAGGUUAUUUAAAUAUUUAGAUUAUAAUUUUAU